GACGAAGGAGAUGAUGAUGAUGGUGGUGAUGAUGAUGAUGAUGAUGCUGCGCCGCGUCACCCCGCCCCUCUCGUGUCUGGUGGAGAGGAUGAGGACAGGAAGUGCGUGAUGGUGAUGCUGCCCCCCCUGCUGGCGCUUGGUAUAAACCGCACGAGGACGAGAAGGAGGAGGAGGCAAGCUCGGGCGGGGCUACGGGAGCCAGGGGGCGUGGCCUGUUCAAACUGGUCGAGCAGGCUGCUGUGAAGACCAAGGCAACACCUUGACAAAGGCAGAGGAACCAGCCAUGGCGGUCAACAAAUGCAUCAAAUACCUUCUCUUCUUCUUCAACCUUCUCUUCUGGCUGAGCGGUUGCAUCAUCCUGGGCGUGUCCAUCUACCUGAAAGUCAGCAAGAACGGCAAUGUGAUCACAGACGAGUCUCUUCCCGGCGUGGACCUGCUGAUCGCCGUGGGCGUCAUCAUCAUGGUGCUGGGCUUCCUGGGAUGCUGCGGCGCCAUCAAGGAGAACCGCUGCCUGCUCAUCCUGUUCUUCGCCAGCCUCCUCCUCAUCUUCAUCCUCCUGCUGGCGGCGGGCAUCCUGGGCGCCGUGGGCGAGAGCAAGGUGAAGGACUGGGUGAAGGAGCGUCUGCAGAAGUUCCUGCCGCUCUCCAGCCAGCCGGAGAACGUGAGGAUGGACCUGGAGAAGCUGCAGGAGGAGCUCAAAUGUUGCGGCCUCGUGAACGGAGCGUCCGACUGGGACGUCGUUCCCGCCUCGUGUCGCUGCGCAACCCCGGGGCCCGACUGCGACGCCAGCGGCGUGUACAGCACGUCGUGCUCCAGCCAGAUUGUCCGCCUGCUGGAGAAGAACAUGGAGGUGGUGAUCGGGAUCGCCUUCGCCAUCGCCAUCCUGCUGAUUGCUGGCAUGGUGUUCUCCAUGAUCCUCUACUGUCAGAUCGGCAAGGAGAACGCCUCCACGGCUUGACCACGCCCCCUCCCCGAGCCACCCAUCUGACCUCCAUCCUCCGCUUUUACUCUGAAAGAAUGCUUCAUUUACUCUUUCCUGUAUUGUUGCAAUGUACAGAGUCCCACAAAUGAAACCUACGUCAAUAUUUGACAAUAUCAAAACUGGUAUUCCUUUUAAGUUGCUGUAUUCUGAAUGCUGUUGCCUUCGUUGAUCAGAAACAACAUGAAUAUUGUUUGUGUGAUGAUUACAAGAAUGAAAUUCCGACUCAGGGUUCUAUUCUCAAGCUAUUUCCUCUUGUUUUCAAGUGCCUCACUUCCUGUGCGCCGCCGUAUUGGAGCCGUCACGUGACUUUCUUUUGCUACACAUGAUGAUGAUUAUGAUGAUGAUCUCUAAUGAUAAUGAUGAUAAUAAUGACAAUAAAAACGUAAACAUACAA